UUUUAAUCCGACCGGGCAAAUCCUCUUACCUCUUUUUUGCGAAAAAUCCGACACAAAACACAGAGAGAGCACAGAAUACAACAACAUGCUACAAUCCUCCCUCAGUUUUUAAUGGAUAUUUUGUACAAAGAGAAAGAGAGAGAGAAAAAAGAGAGUUGAAAAACCAAACCAGACGAAAGAGAGAGAAAAAUUAAAAAAAAAAAAUCUUCAAAAAAAAAAAAAAAAAGGAAAAAAAUCAGAGAAAUCAAGGCAAGAGAAAAGGUAUAACAGAGCCCUAGAAAAUCGGGGAUGGCGUCGUCCAACGUGGUGAUAGCGUCCGCUUCGCCGACGACCAAUUCGGAACUGCCUCGCCAGUCCUCUAUAUGUUCUCUCUCCACCUUCAUCGCCGAUCUCCAUCACAACCAGACUCACGACGACGACGACGAAGAAGAAGAAGCUUCCAGAAACCUCGCCUCCGUCGCCGCCAUGGACGACAUCCUCAAGAGCAUUUACUCCGAAUCUCCGCAACCGCAGCAGUUGCAGGAUCAUCCGUCGGAGUCUCCGUUCCCGGCCGACGGCGUCGACGAGGUCUGGAAGAGGAUCGUCGCUGGCGGGACCGAUCGGAGGGCGGAAGUCGUUGGCGGCGGCGGCGACGGCGGCGCGAUGACGCUGGAGGAUUUCUUGUCGAAGAAUGGCGCCGUGAGGGAAGAGGACGUUAUGGUUGCGGUGGGAGGGUACGGCCAGUUCCAGGCUGCUCCCAUGGUCGUUUACGGCAAUGGAAGUGGAGCGGCGACGCCGGCGGCGAGAGUGAGGAGGAGAGUUGUCGAGGAGCCGCUCGAUAAGGCGACGCAGCAGAAACAGAGGAGAAUGAUUAAGAACAGAGAGUCUGCGGCCAGGUCCAGAGAGCGCAAGCAGGCUUACACAGUUGAGCUCGAGUCUCUAGUGACACAACUGGAAGAGGAGAAUACACGAUUAUUGAGAGAACAGGCUGAGUGGUACGAGGAGAGGCGUAAACAGCUCAUGGAAAACCUUGUUCCAUUUCUGGAAAAGAAGGAAAACAAGAAAAUCAAGGAAAAAGAAAUCGUGGAGAACUUUCAUCUACAAGUGGAAAAGAGAAGAACAUUCACACUAAUUCCAGUUGUGGAAAAGAAUGAAGAGAUGGAAAAAGAAAUCGCGGAAAAGCUUCUUCUACAAGUUGAAAAGACAAGAACAAGAACACCACCCCUUCGGAGAUGUUAUUCUGCAAAGUGGUAGAUAGUCCUUGUACCUGCUAAUCAGGAAGAAGAAAGGUUGUUAUAUUUUCUGUUUCAUGCAAUCAAAGAUGUAUAAAGAAAUUGGAUGGGGAAAGACGACUAUUUAGGUGGUGGUCAAGUGAAAAAGAGUAAUAAAGGGCGGCGAACCGCGAUAGAUGAUUCGAUGAUUGGUUAACCUUUGUCAGUUUAUCUGUAAAUAAAAAUGGGCUGCAGCGAAUGACUGGAAAAACUUUGGGGAAACUUGAUGAUUAAGAUUGCAAAUUUCCAGCUUAUGCACUCUAGGCAUGAUGGUGUAUUUGGUUAGCUUAGGUGCUUGUGUUAUAUCCUUGUUUAUUUAUAGGACGGAUGGAGCAUUGCUGACUUUAGGGUAAAGUGAUGGGAGUUUGGCUGAUUUACAUUUUACAUUAACAUUUAAUUACCUA